GAUGUCGGUGUUUGUCCCUUGUGCAGCGGUUGUGUAACACAUAUGGCCGCCCCCACCACCUCCGGCACCGCCCGUGGCGUCGCCAAGGCCCGCGACAUCGAGUCGAUGCUGCCUCCCGAGCUCCGGCUGGUCGACGACCCCUACGCCGCCGCGAUGGCCGGCUGGCGGACGCCGCGUUGGCUGCUCCGGUGCAGCGGCCACGGCUUGCGGCAGGCGAUAAGCGACGCGCUGACGUGCCCGGGCUACGUCCAGCUCAUGGUGGCCCGCACGCGGCUCUUCGACGACGAGGUGGUCCGGGCCUGCGCGCCAACCGCGCCGGGCGAGGCGAGGACGCCGUGCACGCAGCUGCUCAUCCUCGGGGCCGGCUUCUGCACGCGCGGGAGCCGGCUGCCGAUCCCGCCGCACGUGCGCGUCUACGAGGUAGACCAGCCGUCCGUCCAGGCGGCCAAGCGGCGGCUGAUGGCCGAGGCACAGCGCGCGGCGCGGAAGAGCGAGCGCGCCGCCUCGGCCAGCGGCCGAAUCGUCUACUUACCGCUCGACCUGAGCGAGGCCGCGCUCGACGCCGCGCUGCGCGCGCACCCCGGCUACGACCCAGCCGCGCCCACCGUCGUCACGGUCGAGGGCCUAACGCAGUACAUGCCGGCCGAGGCCGUGGCGGCGACGCUCGAGGCGCUCGGCCGCGCGACGGGGCCGGGCUCGCGCCUCGUCGCCUCGUACGUCGACGCGAGGGUGCACACGGACCCCGCGGCGGCGUGCGGCGAGGGCUACCCGGCGCACGCGCUCGCCCGGGUUGCCGCCUUUGCCGAGCGCGCCAACGAGCCGUGGCUUUCCUCCUGGCCGCCGCCCCCGCCGGGCGGCCGAGCUGCGAUGGGGCCCUUUGGGAGGCUGCUCGCUGCGCACGGCCGGUGGAGGGCGGAGCGCGACGAGUCGGCCGGCGAGGCAAACGAAGCGUUCUUUGCGCCCAUUGGGCGGCGUAUCCCUCCGUCGAGCUUGUGCAUGAUGGAGCGCUUCGUCGUCGCGGCAAAGGGCGACAGCGGCGGUGGCGGUUUCGGGCUCGAUGGCGGAGACACCACUGAAUGAUUAAGGUAAGGUAAAGCCGUAAAUUUC